AUGAUGGACACCGAAAUGGGGCAGAUAAACUUCAAAGACAUUGAAGAAGAAAAACAGUCUGCAAAGGAGCAAAUGCCUCACUGGUUUCAGGAGUAUGUCCAGCCAUGCUUGGCAGAGCUGCUGGGUACAUCCCUCUUCGUGUUUGUGGGGUGCCUUUCUGUCAUUGAAAAUACACCAGAAACCGGCAGACUACUACCAGCCCUGGCCCACGGUCUUGGACUUGGACUGACUAUUGCCAUCCUGGGAGGAAUCAGCGGUGGACACUUUAACCCUGCCGUGUCUCUUGGAGCCGUUAUAAUUGGAGGACUGGACAUUAUCCUGGUAGUGCCAUACUGGAUCUGCCAGCUAUGCGGGGGCAUGAUUGGUGCAGCAUUGGCUAAGGCUCUGACAUUGGAGCAUGAAUUUCAGUCGGCAGGUGGAGCUGCUUUCGAAACUGUGACCACCGAUGCUGAAGUCCCACGAGCCAUUGGGGCUGAAAUAAUCUUGACAUUCUUCUUGGUGCUUGCUGUCUGCAUGGGGGCCAUCAACCAGCAGACCAGUACUCCACUGGCCCCUUUCUGCAUAGGCUUCACAGUGGCAGUGGACAUCUUAGUAGGAGGACCCAUUUCCGGAGCUUGCAUGAAUCCGGCCCGGGCAUUCGGCCCAGCAGUGGUGACAAAUUACUGGGCUUAUCACUGGAUAUAUUGGGUUGGACCCAUGGUCGGCGGUCUGUUAGUUGGUGGCAUUAUAAGGUACCAAGAUCAGGGACCAUUCGACCAUCAAAGGGACAAGCGUUCACUCAGUGAGUAUAAUCUGUCUUUUGUGUGUGAUCUCCAUUCCCCUUCCCGUUGUGUGGCGCCAAGGGAUAACAAGUCUGAGGCCAAAACUACCAAUGAUGAGCUGACCAUAUACUGA